CAGGAGAAGUUGAUAAUCGCAUCUUCAGUUAACAGUAAUGAAUUUUACUACUUAUGAGCUAGCAGAAGUCAAGUGAUUCUCAACUCUAGAAAUUUAAAAACUGGCGCUUUUUUGUAAUUGGCGUUUUGUUAUUUAGAGCGAAAUAUGUUUCUUAUAACUCUGUGAACUGUUUUCUUUUCUUUGAUUCGAAUUUUUGCCUUGAUAAGUGCCACUAUCUAGAUUUUUUUUCGAAAUUCUUAAAUGUUUCAUGUUUGCUACUGCUAACUUGAAUUAGUGUUAAUCCAUUCCAAGGCAGUUUUAUUUGUUUUGCUUUAGAUAGUGUAGUUUUUGCAUUUCCUUAAUUCAGAACUUUUAUAUCAUUAAUUGAGCCUAAAUUCGGUUUUCGAGUUUGCUUAUAUAUAAUUACAAAAUGGAUAUGUAUAAAAAAAAACCUUUGCGCUUUUCGGGUCUGAGCAAACAAUUGAGAUCUGUCGAAAUAAAUGCAAACAGAAAUUUAUCCAGGCACACUCGUCUUAGUUUGCUUCGUGGAAUGGACGCCGAUAAUAGUGAAGUGGAAAAUUCUAAGGAAAAUACAGGCUCUGAAACAUUUGAUUACGAACGAAACAAAAAAGUUUCUGAGGUUUCAGUAAAGCCAAAAACUAAAGCUGUGAGCAGAUUAGAAAUGCUAAAAAAGUGGAAAGAGGAAAAGUUAUUAAAGAAGCAACUGGAAGCAAAACUAAAGAAGCCAGCAUUUAAGAUAGGGAAAACUGCUGUGCCUUUAAAUCCUAUAUUCCAUCCUUCGAGUAGCACACCGAAAUUUAAGGCAUCAUCCAGUUUGAAGUCAAAUAUGUCUAUUAAUUUGAAUAAUGGCAUUUCUCAAAUAAAGAGCAAAAUACCUUCAGCUCCAGGUUUUAAACAGUCAGCUUCAAAAACAGGCAUUCCUAAACCAGGCAAACAGAUCUCUCACGUUACUCCAAAAUGCAAACCUUCUCUUCAAUCAAGCAAGCCUGUUCAACAACCUAAAGGGAAAGUUGUUUCUCAAGUUCCUGUGCCAGGUCUUACACGUGGGUUGCGGAAACCACAGUCAGGUCUGACACAAAAACAAAAUCUGAAAACGCCAAAGAGGAAGACUGUGAAAGAAAAUGAUGUGGAGAAAGAAGUUGUAAAUGCUGCUACAGAAAAUUUUAAAACUAAAGCUGAGAGUUCCAAAUCUGAAAAGGCUGUAGGAAGGACCUCAUUUGCACCUGAGGAUUUUGUAUUUCAACCACUGUGGGGUCUGAAUUCGUUUCGCUUAUCUGAAUGCCCUACAGAAAUUUUGAAAAGGCUCAACAAUAAGCCUAUAGGUAGUCCAGUUAAUGAUGUCGAAAUAGUAAAUGGAAACAAAGAAUCUCUUGAAGAUAAUAAAGAUAGCAGUUCUAGUAUUUCUGCCAAGAAUGGUCAUCGAAAUAAAAGUCCUGUUUUGAAUGAAAAUGUGACUGACUUAACUGCUAAGAAGAGAGAUCCCUUAGAUUCAUCUCCACACUGUUUACCUCAACCAGAAAUGAAGGCUUGCUUUCAAAAUACUCGAAAAUCAAAUAAAUAUUUGACAAGGCAGAGUGUUAAGUCAUCCCUUGAAACUAUAAAUGAGCAAAAUGAGAGUGCUGUACAGAAAGGACAAAGCUCAACUACUAAAACUUCCAGAGUGGAGUAUUCAGAAAAAACCCAUGUGACACCUCGUCGUUCACGUAGGAUUUCAAAACUAUCUGAUAAUAUACUGAAUAGCUCAAACUGUUUAUUAGAUGAAGUGGAUAUUUCAUUAGUGGAUACACCUGAAGAAGAUACUAGGCGUCCUUCUGCACCACGUCACACUCGUCUGACAUAUGAUUUUGAUCGUCUGCAUUUAGAAGACCAGUUGAUAAAUGGUGUUCUACGAGAACAAAAUGGAUCACCUUUGACUGCCACACCUUCAUCUCCAAGUAUGAAAACUCGUUCACAGAAAGCCAGUUUACUGUUUACUCCGGAAUCUGAUGUUCUAAAAGAACAAGAUAUAUCUUCUCCAACUGCUAUGACUUCAUUUUCAAAUACAAGAACUCGUUCCAAAAAAGUCAGCUUAUUGUAUACGCCACAAUUCAAUUUAAGAAAGUCUGUCCGGAAGAGCGUGAAAGGAGAUUUAAUUACAUUUUCCCCUUGCGAUUAGAUCUUCAUUACCAUUGUUAUAUAAAAAUUAUAUAAAUAAGAGCUUGGACAUUAUAUUUACUCUCAAAUGUCUAUACGUGUAUAAACAGAGCCAUUGUAGAACUAUUUAUUUUUUUUAAGUAAUUUGAAUCUGUCAGUAUGCUGAAUUUUUGCCCUAAAUUUUACUUAAGCAAAAUAAAUGUUUGAAAUAUUAACCUAACCUCAUAUGUGUUGAUAAUAUAUACAAUAUUGUAUAAUGACGUAGUUUGUUUUAGUAUGAAAAGCCUUAAACACGUAGGCUAAUAAUCACUUUUAUGCUUCUAUUAUGUAUUAUGUGCUGUACAUAUAUUUCUGGAAAAUAAAUAAACUACCAUGUAA